ACUGCAGAGAGAGAGAGGAGGAGAAGGGGGUGCGCAUUCCCGCAUUGGCUGUGCAGCCAACUCCUGGGCGCUUUGCGGGACUCCAUAGCCGGACAUGGGGUUCAGUUUUGUCACCGUUUUCGUAAAGUGACUCAGAUGAAAAAUCUGUGGAAAGGCACUUCUGAAAGAGGAUAAAUCUCGGUUUAUGUAUAGAACUCAGUCAUCUCCAUCCGAGCGCGUCUGCCAGAAGGUUGAGAGAAAGAGAGAGAAGGGAGCUUUACUGGAAACCCAGACUUUCUCAGUCCUUGGACCCACUUAGCUCUUCCAAGGACUCAGGAAAUCAAGUCACAGAGUUUCAUGCUGAAUACCCCCGCAUUAGCCUGAGGAAAAGUGCCAGUUCUGCACCCUGUGCUACUGCCAAGAACCAGACACAACACAACUUAAUAAAACAACCACGGAUCGCGCACUCAGCAUGUCUAGGGUGUAAGGGGAGCAGCAGGUCUCGAGGCUCCAAUGCCAGUGGACAUGCAGCCACACCAGGGGCUGUAUCACUAUGAGACCUCACCCAGCCAACCCUCCAGAGGCCUAGUCCCAUCAGAACAGUCUCUCUACAGUGAUGUGUCUUCACUGCGUGCCCCACUCCUCAACGGCUCUUCCCAGGACUGCCGCGCUAUGUUUAAUCCCGUCACUCCCUGUAUGACUCAUGGACCAGGACCAGGACAGGGGCUUGGCCACUGCAUGGAUCAAUAUAUGAGGCCCCCUCAGGCCCCCCCUCCACAUAGUAUGAUGGGCCACAGGAGCAUGCUGCCCACAGAGGGUGGUAAUAGCACCCCCUACUGUAACCAGAACAACAUGCUGUCAUCUCACAAUAACUUCUGCCAAGUUCAGCCUGGCUCCGAUCAGAUCGGGUCAGGUGAUGGCUCGAGGUUCUCCACACCCCACUCUAUGCUAAAGCUGAGUAAAAAGAGAGCGCUGUCCAUCUCUCCUCUGUCUGAUGCCAGCGUAGAUCUGCAGACAGUCAUCCGGACAUCACCCAACUCCUUGGUGGCCUUUGUCAACUCCCGCUGCAACCCCAAUGGUGCUAGCUCCUAUGGUCAUCUCUCUGUGAGCGCCAUGAGUCCAUCUCUGGGUUAUUCCAGCAACAUGAACUGCCCAUCCAGGCAACAAGGCUCCAUGUACAGUGGAGGUGGGGGGACACCUCUGGGUGGACACACAUCAGGUCCCUGCCAAGCGUCCCGUCUACCUCCACACCAUCCACGGCUCCACGCUCCGUCCAAGCAUGGACAUCUGAAAACAGAGCCGGGGCUGGGAGGUGUGAUGAAUGGCAUGAAUGUGAAGAGCAUGGAGGAGAGGUCAGAGGGAGAUGUGGCAAGUCCUUCUUCCACUGGCACUCAGGACCCUCUCCUGGGUCUACUUGAUGGCAGAGAUGACUUGGACAAAGAGGAUGGGAAACCUGAACCAGAGGCCAUCUAUGAAACAAACUGUCAUUGGGAAAGCUGUAACAAAGAAUUUGACACACAAGACCAGCUAGUUCAUCACAUCAACAAUGAGCACAUCCAUGGAGAGAAGAAGGAGUUUGUGUGUCACUGUCAGGAAUGCUCUCGAGAACAGAGGCCUGUCAAAGCCCAGUACAUGUUGGUGGUUCAUAUGCGCAGACACACCGGAGAGAAGCCACACAAGUGCACUUUUGAAGGCUGCAACAAGGCCUAUUCGCGCCUGGAAAAUUUAAAGACUCACCUGCGCUCUCACACUGGUGAGAAACCAUAUGUGUGUGAGCAUGAAGGCUGCAACAAGGCCUUCUCCAAUGCUUCAGACCGGGCCAAGCAUCAGAACCGAACUCAUUCCAAUGAGAAACCGUAUGUAUGUAAAAUCCCCGGCUGCACUAAACGAUACACAGAUCCCAGCUCACUGCGUAAACAUGUAAAGACAGUGCACGGCCCUGAAGCCCACAUCACCAAGAAGCAUCGUGGAGACACAGGACCUCGACCCCCUGGCUCAGCCAUGACCCCUGGAAGUCAGAACUCUGAACUGCUGCUGGAGAAAGAGGAGACACGCAGGGAGGACUGCAAACUCCUGGCUCCUGAGAACGCUCUCAAAUCCCAGCCAAGCCCUGGUGGUCAAUCAUCCUGCAGCAGUGAACGUUCUCCACUGGGGAGCGCCAACAACAAUGACAGUGGGGUGGAGAUGAACUUAAAUGCAGCGGGCAGCUUGGAGGAUCUCACAGCACUGGAGGAUGGAGUAGGAGGUGGCGGAGGAGGGGAGCCUGUAAGUGGAGGAGGAACAAUGGGAAUGUCAGCACAGGCUUUGAAGAGGCUGGAGAACCUGAAGAUUGACAAACUUAAGCAAAUUCAUAGGCCAAGCCCUCCCAGCCGCUGUGUCAACAACAAGCUACCUACACUUCCUGGUUCAGGGGAGAAUAUGGGAAUGUGUACACCUUCUCCGCUCCUAUCAAAUCGCCGUGUUAUGGAGUUGGCCAACCAUGAGUUAGGAGGUGGAUGCGCUACUAAUGACAGAAGAGGCAGUGGCACCAGCAGCCUGAGCUCUGCAUAUACUGUCAGCCGUCGCUCCUCCAUGGUGUCCCCUUACCUGUCCAGUCGGCGCUCCAGUGAGGUCUCGCAAAUGGGAGGAACAGGAAGGGGAGGAUGUCACUUUGUUGGCCCAGAGCAGAGUGGGGGAGACCCCCUCUCUCCUGAGACCAAUCGCAGAGCAGCUUCAUGUUCUGGAGGGGGAGGAUUGCCAGGUCUUCCUAAUUUAACACCAGCCCAGCAAUACAGUUUAAAGGCCAAAUAUGCUGCAGCAACUGGUGGGCCACCACCUACUCCUUUACCCAAUAUGGAGCAGCCGGGAACUCCAGGCAGAAGAGGAGGUGUUUUGAGUGAGCUCCAGGGUCAGCCGCUGCCUCCUUUCCUUCAACUAGGUGGCCCACGUAGACACAGUGCCAACACAGAGUAUGGCACUGGUGUUAUGUACCCUCACCAAGUUCCAGGUAAUAGCAGCAGAAGAGCCAGUGACCCAGUUCAUUCAGCAGCAGAUCCACAAGCUCUCCCAAAACGCUUCAAUAGCCUUAAUAAUGUAGCUAUGAUGGGCAGAAGGAAUGCACUACACCGUGGCUCUGACACCAGUCUUACCCGACACAUUUACUCCCCCCGACCGCCUAGCAUUACAGAGAAUGUAAUGAUGGAGGCUAUAAGUAUGGAACCCCACCUUGCCCCUGUUCAUGCCAGGGAUCGAGCCAUGAUGAUGUCCUGUGGAGAAAGAAGCUUCACAGGAUACCAGCAACAGCAUCAAAAUCUUGCAGGAGUUGGAGGUGGAGGUCCUCUUUCAAAUCAGCUGUCCCCAAACCAUGACUCUCUGGGCUGUCCAGACCAGAGUUAUAUGCAAGGACACUACCAGAACCAAGGAGAGGAAGUCAAUUCUAGGGCUGGUGGAAAUCCAAUGGGCCAGUCACGGUCUGUUCAGCCAGAGGGCACAUGUACUACCCUUCUCCAGCAGGCUGAGUACAGUAUGAGCACCUGCCAGCUGAGUCCCUCAGGCCCCCAUUAUCCUAACAUAGGCCAUGGUGGUGAUACUGGAAGCCCAUGGAGUGACACCCACUGCCAAGUCCAGACUUCUAGCCGUGCUCUCCAGAACCAACAGGGAAUGCAAUACUCAGAUCCCAGCCUGCAGCCUCAACAGACACAGGCCCACUUCAGCAAUCAGACAGGUCUUUAUAAUAGUCCUGAUGGAACACAUAAGCUCAUCAUCAAGCCUGAGCAGCAGUUCCACCCUGGGAUGGGAGGUGGAAAUGCCUGUCAAAGUACAAAGCUCCAACAGCAGCGUAUGCUCCUCCAGCAGACUCAAGAUUACCCACAACAUGUAGGUCAGGUUAUGACAAGGAGCUCUAAUAAUCCCAGCUGUGACUUUCAAGGACAGAACCAAACCUCUUUCCCCAGAGGGGGUGGUUGGAAUUCAGGCUGGAUACAGGCAAAGGAGAUGAUGGUGAGAAAUUAUGUACAGUCCCAGCAAGCACUCAUGUGGGAGCAGCAACAAGAACAGCAACAGCAGAGUGGAAUUAAACCUCCUCCUCCUUCUGACAAUGUGGAUAUGAGUGGCCAGACAGCACUGAUACAGCACAGUCCACAGCACCAAAACCAGAAUCUUCACUCCAGCCAGCCCUAUCUUUCUUACCCAAACCAGAACCUGGUUACAAGCACUCCAACCCACUGCCGAGGGCCCAGCUCUGUGACACCUAAAGACCAGCAGCUGACAGGUCUUCAAAGCUCAUGCUAUGGCCAGGAGAUGGUGGUCCCCAGGCCUCCUCAGGGACCAAAACCUCUCAGCCGCCAGAACAGCCUUUCACAGGUGGGAGGAGGCUACCUGGGCAGCCCAGACCACCUCAGCCCUGUCCACUCUAUUUCCAGCCCCAGACGAGGGGUCAGACUGCCUCCAGUCCAGCAUCCACAACACCCGCAAAACGAAAUGCUUUCUCCUUCUAAUAACAACAAUAUUUACUACUCUGGUCAGAUCAAUAUGGCUAUGGAGAAAUAUAUGGCCUCCCAAAAUGGGCCUUGUAUCAAACAGCAGCAUAGUAUGGCAUCCAACCUAGACCCAACAGGUGGCAAUAAGUCUGACUCCAUGGCUCCCAAUCCUGAUUCUGGCCCCAUCUCUAAUGCCUUAGAAAACCUGGACCUAGACAAUGCCCGCAUAGACUUCACCUCCAUCAUCGAUGAUGCUGAGUCUUCUUCAUUCAGCCCAGUCAAUAAUCCCCUCCAGGGUCAGCUAGGGUCUUCCUCCCAGGCCUCUUCCUGCCUCACCACCCCUCAAACAUCAAUCAGCCUACCUGCAGGCUCUGGCCUGUCCAACAUGGCUGUCGGUGACAUGACGUCCAUGCUUACCUCACUGGCUGGAGAGAAUAAAUACCUGAACACACCAUCUUAGAAGAGGACUCUUGGGCAGCUCAACAUAUAUUUAGGUUAACAAUUAAAAAGGAGGCCUUGACCAGGAUUUAACGUAAUUCUUAAGUCCUGUCGCUUAUAGGUUAGUAAAAGUAAGACAGACAAACUUUUGAAUACAACAUUUCAUGUAAUGGAUCAUUAGUCUGGGCUGUUUUAUACGCUGCCAUAAGCCUUGUACAUAAAUCCAACAUAUGACUCCUUGUUCGAGCGAGCAUCCUGAACUGGCAAAGGGUCUGUUGUUACCGGGUACACAAGUAACAGGAAUGAUGGCAUGUUGUAGUGUGUUUUGGUUGUAACUUGAGACUAAGCUAGUAAUGUGGUCCUACCACAGGUUCAAAAUUGUAAGAACUUCCACACAAAAUCUUAAACCAAAGGUGCCUGAUCAACCUGCCUUUCUGUGUUCUUCCAUUGCUGCCUUGGUACUUGUUAUAUUUCUCUGUCCUAUGGUAAUACACAGAGCAAAAUGCCUGAUAUGAAGUUCAUACUUUU